AUGAUAAGCAGCAAGGGGCAACGUGAAGGUCGGGCUGUGUGGCCCCUGCUAUUGACUGGGCUGUUGUUGACAGUCAUGGCCACGGCCUUGGAGUACGAGGGAGUCCCUGGCCAGUGGGCACGGUACGGCCGCUGGGAGGCCAAGGUCACAGGUGAGCUGAGCUUCACUCUGAAGACCAACAUCAGCAAGGCCCUGGUGCUCUACCUGGACGAUGGAGGGAACUGUGACUUCCUGGAGCUACUGAUCACAGAUGGCCGGCUGCAUCUGCGCUUCACCAUCCACUGCGCAGAGCCUGCCUCCCUGCACACGGAGACCCACGUCAACGACCAGCGCUGGCACCGCGUGCUGCUCACCCGCAACUACAGAGAGACCAGCCUGGUGGUGGACAACGAGGAGAAGGUGGCCAAAGUCAAGUCCAAGAGGAGUGAGAUGGUGGUGGCCAGUGACCUUUACGUAGGCGGCAUCUCGCCAGAUGUGCGCCUAUCUGCCCUCACGUCCAGCACCGUCAAAUAUGAGCCACCCUUCCAGGGCCUGAUCGCCAACCUGAAGCUGGGGGAAACCCUCCCAGUGCUCCUGGAUGGCCAAAGUGUUCAGAAUGAUUUGGAAUACCUGUGUAUUAAACAGAACCCCUGUAGCAACAGAGGCCUCUGCUCCAUCCACCAGGGAGAGGUCCUCUGUGACUGCACCAACACUGGCUACAAGGGAAGCUACUGCCAUGAAGGUGAGCCAAAUAUUCAAUGA